UUCCGGUCGCCUCACCACUCAACGACGAGAGAAGAAGAAUGGCCAUGAACAUGGGCAGUCCUGCAGAAUUGUCGGCGCUUGUGCAAGUGCUUCAAGCGACGUUGUCACCUCAGGCAGCGCCGAGGCGCGCUGCAGAAAUCCAGCUCAAGGAGAUCACGAAGCAGCCCAACGGGCCGUUGUUAUUGCUGAACGUGCUGCGGACGCCGGACGUCGACAUGGGUGUGCGUCUUGCGGCGUCGAUUGCGUUCAAGAAUCUGGUCAAGAAGGAAUGGGAUCCAGAAAGCGAAGUGUGCAUCGCGACCGAGUGCAAGGCGCUCGUGAAAACCCACUUGGUGAGCCUCAUGUGCGACAUGCCCGACAACUUGAUGAAGCAGCUCAGCGCGGCACUGUUCACGAUCGGCGAGUACGACUUCCCCGAUCAGUGGCCCGAGCUCCUCCCGCAAAUCGUCGACAAACUUGGGAACCCGUCCAGCGACAUGCACACGAUCAAUGGUAUGCUCGAAACGUCGAACGCCAUUUUCAAGCGGUUCCGUCAUGCGUUCAAGAGCGAUGCCUUGUACAAAGAACUGUUGUACUGCCUCACGCAAUUCCAGGCACCGCUCCUUCAUCUGUUUACGGCGAUGGUCCAGCAACUGCAACACCCGACCCCAUCGACGGACGUUCCAGGCCUCGUCGCGGCGCUGCGCACAAUGAGCCGCAUCUUCUUUUCGCUCAACUGGCAAGAUCUACCCGAAUUCUUCGAAGACAACAUUGCGGCGUGGAUGCAGGCGUUCGAGUACCUCCUUCGCCUAGACCUGCCACAGCUCGCCGACAACGACGACGAAGCAGACGCCAUCUCGCUGCUUCACUCGGCCGUCCUUGAAAACGUCCUCAUUUACGCUGAAAAAUACGAGGAAGAGUUUGCCCCGUUCGUGUCGGGAUUCACCCACGUGAUCUGGCAAAAGGUCACGUCGCUGUCGCAGCUGCCCAAGCACGACGAUGUCGCCGCCAAGUCGAUGAAGUUCCUCCGGUCCAUCGCGAUGCAGCAAGGCACGACCGCGCUCUUUCAGCAGGAUAACAUCCUGACCGAGCUCUGCAACAACAUUGUCGUGCGCAACCUGCAGCUCCGCGAGUCGGACGUCGAGCUCUUUGAAGACAACCCGCUCGAGUACAUCCGCCGCGACAUCGAAGGCAACGACGGUGACACGCGCCGUAGCGCCGCCGUCGAACUCCUGCGUGGCCUACGGCAGAAAUACGACGACGCCGUCAGCCGGAUCUGCCUCACCACGAUCACCACACUCUUGCAAGAGUACACAGCAUCACCCCAGACAAAAUGGAUGCAAAAGGACGUCGCGAUCAACCUCGUGACGGCGCUAGCCGCUGUCAAGCAGACCCGAGCCCGUGGUGUGUCGGAAGUCCACCCAAAGGUCCCGCUGCUCGACAUCUUCACUAGCCACAUCCUACCGCAAUUACAGCAGCGUCAAGACACAAACCCGACAGCGUUGCUCUUGACCGCCGGCGCACUAAAGUUCGUCGCGACCUUUCGCAACCAGCUGCCUGUCCAAGUCAUGACGACGCUGUUUCCGCUCCUGGUCGACUGCCUCUUGCCGCACCAGUUUGUCGUGCACACGUACGCGGCGUUCUGCAUUGAUCGCUUGCUCACGGUGAAAGAUGAACACCCGAACGGCGGCGGCGCCGCCACCAUUCGCCGCUUCAACAAAGACCUGUUGAACCCGUACGUGGCACCGCUGCUCACGCAAGUGUUUGGCAUCCUGUGCGACCCGGCCUACCCCGAAAACGACUACCUCAUUCGCAUGGUCCUGCGAAUCCUGAUUGUCGCCCAAGACAACGUGCUCCCGAUCGCAGACACCCUCGUCCACAAAUUGACCGUGCUCCUUGAAAAGGUGUGCAAGAACCCAAGCAACCCUGCGUUUUCGCAUUGCCUGUUUGAGUCGCUGUCGAUGCUGAUCGCCAACGUGUGCACACUCAACCCGGCCUUGACAGACACGUUUGAAGGGCUGCUUUUCCCGCCGUUCCAGCAAGUGCUCAUUUCGGACGUCGAGCCGCUGUGCCCGUACGUGUACCAAGUUCUCGCCCAGCUCUUGGACAUGAACCCGUCGACUCAAUUGUCGGCCGGGUACCAAAAUUUGUUUCCAGUCCUGCUCACGCCGGCACUGUGGGAGCGCAUCAGUACCGUGCCGGCAAUCGUCAAGCUGCUCGAAUCGUACCUUCGCAAGUCGCCGUCGACGAUGCAGGCGCACACAACCGGCGUUCUCGGCGUGUUUCAAAAGCUCUUGUCGAACCGCACGACGGAAACCCAAGCGUUUGCGCUCCUCCGGUCGUUUGUGCUUCACAUUCCCCUAGCUGCGUACCAACCGCUCCUCCCUGAGCUGGUCAAGAUUCUCAUGAUGCGGCUUCAGUCCCGAUUGAGUGGCCGCAACUCGGCCAUUUACACCAAGGAAAUGAUUGUGACGCUAUCGAUUUUUGUUGCAAAGCACGGGGCCGCGACGCUGGUCCAUGCCGUCGAGUCGGUCCAGCCAGGAAUGAUGAAAAUGCUGUUGAACCCCAUCUGGCUCGAGAACGCCGUCAAGGCCAAGGGCCCCCACGAACGCAAGGCCGCACUGUUGGGACUCACGCUCCUUGUCACGGAUACAGCGUACUCGAGCGAUGCCGAUUUGUACGGCAAGAUGAUGGUGGCGAUUUCAAAACUGCUCGACGCAAAGGAAGACACGUCGACGACGGUGCUCAAGACGGAGGACGAGAUCUUGAUCGACUUGGAGGAGACUGGGUAUGAUGCUGGCUUUACCAGCUUGCACUUUGCGUCGUCGUCGGGGGUCGAUUACGCCAGCCACGUCGCCAACCCGGUUCAAGUGUGCUUGGAGGCUGUGUCUCGGCACAGCCUGGCGAACGCGAGCCUGGUUUGUUGGUUGAGUUUGUCUAUCGUUUCCUCAAUUCGUGGCUAGUUCCGACAAGUGUAUGCGCGUUCGUCCAACCAAGCAUCGUGGAAGACGCUCCUGGAUGCCGUCGAAGCCGCCCACUUGCCGUUGUAAGCACAGCGCGAUGACCUCUGUCGAUCGCGAUGCUAAUCUAUCGUCGUUUCCAUGCCCAUCCA